AUGGCCCAGCUUCCUGCUACGUCGCGGCUCACUGACUUGCUCACUACGGCACCUACUGCGGGCGACAUUGAAGACCAGCUGCAACAUGCGCGAGCCGCUUUCAGCCCUGGGCUUGAUGGCGUCGGUUAUUACGUGUACAAGUUCUUCGGGCCUCAGCUUAUUACCAUUCUGACGACGAUGUUCAAGCGAUGCUGGCUGGAGAAGAAGGUCCCGCAGAGCUGGAAGGUGAGCAUCGUUCGAUUGCUGUACAAGAUGGGCCCGCGUAAUGACCCGGCGAACUGGAGGCCCAUUUGCCUCCAGCAAGCCAUUUACAAGUUGUACACCGGCGUUCUCGCGCGGCGUCUGGUCUGGUGGAUGGACGCCAAUGACCAACACGCGCCGGGUCAAAAGGGCUUUCGCGCGGUCAACGGCUGCGGGGAACACAAUUUCCUCGCAUCCAUGUUGAUUGACAACUCCCGCCGCAAGCGUCGCCCGCUGUUCCAGGUCUGGUACGACCUGAAAAACGCCUUCGGUAGCGUGCCCUUCUCGCUGAUCUGGGAAUCGCUGCAGCAAACUGGUGUGCCCAAGGCAUAUGUCGACAUGUGCAAGGGCCUCUACGAUCAAGCAGCCUUUUUGGUCGGCAAUGCACCGGAUGGGACGACUGCGCCGAUCCGGCAGCAAGUCGGGGUCUUUCAGUGGUGUCCGCUGAGCCUGCAGCUGUUCAACGUUGCGCUCGGGCGCUUGCUGAUUGCGUUACGGCGGCUGCCGACUACAGGCGUGCAGAUGUCGAGCGAUGACCGUCCCGGUGCCUCUGCGUAUGCGUAUAAUUUAAAGAUUUUCAGUGGCACUGAGGACGGCAUCAAGCAGCAACACGCACUUGUUUUCGGCUUCUUGCGCUGGACUGACAUGGCUGCCAACCCACAGAAAAGUAGCACCAUGUCAUUCCAGCACGAUUCGCGUUCAGUUUUGCGCGUGAUGGAUGCUGGAUUGAAGCUGGAUGCCACCCCGAUCCCCUCACUUCAGCUUGACGAAUCUUACAACUACUUGGGGAUCGGGGACGGGUUCGACCACGUGCGCCGACGCGUCGAGCUCGCUCCGACGCUCACACAGCUCAAGCACGAUGCGACGGAGCUGCUGCAGUCUGGGUUGGUCCCGUGGCAAGUGGUGAAGGCGGUGAAGGUUUAA